AUGGAUUGUGGUACAGCUCUUCAUCGUAUUGGUGGCUCAAUUUCACAAGUUAUGUGGUCACCUUGCGAUACUAAAGUAUUUGUUUCAACUGAAUCAAGUUUAAUACGGAUCUGGGAAACUCAAAAAUGGACUUGUGAGAAAUGGACAAAUUUAGCCUCCAAAUGUCAGGCUGCAUGCUGGAGUCCGGAUGGAAGAUUUCUGGUAUUUUCUGUGUUAGAGAGGAAAAGUCUCUAUUAUCUUAAAUUUUGUGAACCAGUUGAAAGAACAGGCAUGGAAGAUUUCAACAUUGGUGGUGCGAAAAUGGCAGUUGAAUGUGCUGAUCUUACAGAAUACUCUUGGGAGGUGAAUGACACUAUAGUUAGAGUUGGUGGCUUUGUAAGUAGUAUGACAUGGGACCCAACUGGUGAAAGACUUGCUUUAUUACUUAAAGAUGAAAAUGGAAAAGCUCAAGAUUAUAUACCAGUGUUCAAAACAAAUAUUGAAAAUGUACUUGAUUUGAUUCCCAGUGGUUUGAUUCAUGGACUACCAAGCAAUGGACAACCUCAGCUAAUAUCUUUUCAAAAAAACUUCACGCAAGGAGCUCUAUUGUCUGUUUUGAAUUUUGUCGCUUAG